CAGUUUGUUGCUGCUGGCCGGGCGGGGGCUGCUUUGCGUGCAACCUACUGCAGGGGCGGAGCGGCAGCCAUGGGCAGGACCGUGACUGUGGCUACCUGUGCCCUCAACCAGUGGGCUCUAGAUUUUGAUGGCAAUUUGGCACGGAUUUUAAAAAGUAUUGAAAUAGCAAAAUACAAAGGAGCAAGAUACAGACUUGGACCAGAGCUUGAAAUUUGUGGCUAUGGCUGUUCAGAUCACUAUUAUGAGUCCGAUACACUCUUACAUUCAUUUGAAGUUCUGGCAAAGCUUUUGGAAUCUCCUGCCACUCAAGACAUCAUCUGUGACGUGGGAAUGCCUGUUAUGUGCAGAAAUGUUCGCUACAACUGUAGAGUCAUCUUUUUAAACAAGAAAAUUCUUCUGAUCAGACCAAAGAUGAUACUGGCAAAUGCAGGAAAUUACAGGGAACUUCGAUGGUUUACUCCGUGGAGCAGAGCACGGUUUGUGGAGGAAUAUUUUCUCCCCAGGAUGAUACAGGAGGUGACAGGACAGGAAACUGUUCCUUUUGGUGAUGCAGUGCUAGCAACCAAAGAUACAUGCCUAGGGAGUGAAAUCUGUGAAGAGCUGUGGGCACCAAAUAGCCCUCAUAUUGAAAUGGGGCUUGAUGGGGUAGAGAUCUUCACUAAUUCGUCAGGGAGUCACCAUGUGCUGCGGAAAGCUCACACCCGUGUGAAUGUGGUAAAUUCUGCAACAGCAAAGAGUGGUGGGAUUUACGUCUUAGCCAAUCAGAAAGGCUGUGAUGGUGAUCGUCUGUACUAUGAUGGUUGUGCCAUGAUUUCUAUGAACGGAGACACUAUUGCUCAAGGAUCCCAGUUUUCACUGAAUGAUGUGGAAGUCUUGGUUGCUACGCUGGAUUUAGAAGAUGUUCGAAGUUAUAGGGCAGAAAUUUCAUGUCGUAACCUAGAGGCAAGCAAAGUGAAUUCCUAUCCCAGAAUAAAAGUGAAUUUUGCUCUGUCACGUUCUGAUGAUAUAUAUGUACCUAUCUGUGAGCCAAUCCAGUGGAGAUAUCAUAGUCCUGAGGAAGAAAUCUGCCUUGGCCCUGCAUGCUGGCUUUGGGACUACUUAAGACGCAGUAAUCAGGCAGGAUUUCUCUUACCGCUUAGUGGUGGAAUUGACAGCUCUGCUACAGCUUGCAUUGUGUAUUCUAUGUGUCGCCAGGUUUGCCUUGCAGUCAAGAAUGGAAAUCAAGGUGUGCUGGCCGAUGUACGUAGGAUAGUGAAUGAUGAGACCUAUACUCCUGAGGAUUCCCAGGAAUUCUGUGGACAUAUCUUCACCACUUGUUACAUGGCUAGCGAGAACUCCUCCCAGGAUACAUACAACAGGGCCAAAUUGUUGGCUGAACAAAUAGGCAGCUAUCAUAUAAAUCUAAACAUAGAUGUGGCAGUGAAAGCCAUUGUGGGGAUUUUCAGUAUGGUGAUGGGCAGAUCUCCCCAGUUUCGUGUCUAUGGAGGGAGCAGCAGGGAAAAUCUGGCACUACAGAAUGUGCAGGCUAGAAUAAGAAUGGUCCUUGCCUACUUGUUUGCUCAGCUGAGUCAUUGGGCUCGCGGGAUGCCUGGCGGGCUUCUGGUGCUCGGAUCAGCCAAUGUGGACGAAAGUCUUUACGGAUACUUGACUAAGUACGAUUGCUCCAGUGCCGAUAUCAAUCCUGUUGGUGGAAUCAGCAAGACUGACUUGAGAAGUUUCAUACAGUAUUGUAUGGAAAACUUCCAGCUUACAGCACUCAGAAGUAUUAUAUCAGCUCCACCAACUGCAGAGUUAGAGCCCCUGGCGGAUGGACAAGUGUCUCAAACUGAUGAGGAAGAUAUGGGGAUGACCUACACAGAGCUCUCAGUCUAUGGCAAACUAAGGAAGAUGGCCAAGGCUGGACCUUACAGCAUGUUUUGUAAGCUGAUCAAUAUGUGGAAGGAGAUCUGUACCCCAAGAGAGGUGGCAUCCAAGGUGAAGCAUUUUUUCAGGAUGUACUCAAUUAACAGACAUAAAAUGACCACCCUCACACCUGCCUAUCAUGCUGAAAACUACAGUCCUGACGACAACCGAUUUGACCUGAGACCUUUCCUUUACAACUCCACCUGGUCCUGGCAGUUCAGGUCUAUAGAUAAACAAGUUUCCAAUCUAGAAAGUAAGGAAGGGAAACCUGUACUUGAAGAUGUGGACUGACUACUCUCCACUCCUAUACUACUGACUUAAUAGUGGUUCUACAAACACAACAUUCAAGGAUAGAGUAUAUUCUGAAGAUCAGCAUGGUUCCAGUGACUGAACAGACUAUAGAGCUGGUCUAUCUUUUUGUUACCAGUUAUAUUUGUAAUUAAUCAAACCCAAAUUAGUUUGGACAAAUAAGUUUCAAGCUGUAUUAUUCAUGAUUCUGAAUGGUUUGCUUCAGCUAUUCACUAUUUUGUUAUUCAUGGUGUGUGAUUGGUCACAUAUUUCACAUGGUCAUGGCUGAAACUUUUAAAAUGUAAAAAUAAAGAUUGGACUUUCGGGUUUUAA